GUCAUUCAGUUAUACUACGGCUGGAGUCCAUGCAAUACUAUCCCCGGAAUAUACACUCGUUAUACAGAAUAUUCUUUGAGAAAAUUCUCAGCGACUGGAACUUGGAUACUGUAGUUUUGGACCUGUUGACUGCAAUCAUACUGUUUAACCCCAAUUGACCUAACCUUACGCAUAGAUUCCAUUAAGGUCCAACAGCAGACAUACAUGUAUUUACUGCAACGCUGUCUACUAUUGCGAUAUCGCGAUGAAACCGAGUCUCAGGCGAAAUGUCGGCGACUUUUACGGAGUUUGUAUUAUCUGGAAGUGUUGGCCGAGAAAAAGGUGCAAAACUGUCUCGAAAUUGAUCGCAAGAUUGUGGCACAACAUCCCCUACUGUUGGAAGUGUUUGACUUGCCCUCCAUGAGCCAGGAUAUUAAGCCCAGCAAUCUCAUGUUAUGUAUAUACUUUAUAUUUAGAAGGAAUGUCCCUUAACAAAAGUAAAAUUUAUCAUUUCUGUAGAUAUUUUAGUAUUCAGUAUCAUAAUUAGAUUCAAUUUCAGUAAAAAUUAAAUUCCA